GGAUCUGUCGAACAACAAGAUCAGAGAAGUCGCUGUGAAUGCCUUCAUUCGACCUGGACCACUGGAGGAAGUAUAUCUGCAGAACAAUCUGAUCACCGCACUACCCGCACAGUGUUUCGAUUCUCCGCUGUUGAAGAAACUGUGA